CAUCAAUUCCACUCAUGAUUACCUGUAAACUCUAAGCAUAUAUACAAACUGCAACAACAUGUGAAAAUAUGGGAUAAUGGAGAAAGAUGAUACACAUUAUUUGACAUGUCACAUGUGAAAAAAAAAAAAUCUCAAUACUAAAAUAAGUACCUAAUCAAUUAUUCACUUAUUAAUUUCUUCUGGAUAAUAAUAAGACCCAGUCUUCUUUACCACUCUCCACAACACCACUCUCUCUUUCUCUGUGUCUCCUUCAAAUCUUCAUCUCUCUCUCCAUCUCUCUUCUCCACAAGAAGCUGAGUAUGGAUCUCCUCACACCACUCAUCUUCCUCCUCCUCCUCCUCUCACCAUUUUCACUCUCAGAUGCUGGUUCCAUCGGAGUAAACUACGGCCGAAUCUCCGACGAACUCCCCUCCGCAUUCAAAGUAGUCCAACUACUAAAAUCCCAAGGAAUCACGCGAGUCAAAAUCUUCGACGCAGACCCAUCAGUUCUCAAAGCAUUAUCCGGAUCUGGAAUCAAAGUCACCGUAGAUCUCCCCAACGAGUUACUCUUCUCCGCCGCCAAAAGAACUUCCUUCGCCGUCUCAUGGGUCAAACGCAACGUAGCAGCUUAUCAUCCUUCAACACAGAUCGAAUCAAUAGCUGUUGGUAACGAAGUCUUCGUUGAUACACACAACACUACAAGCUUCUUGAUCCCUGCAAUGAGAAACAUUCACAAAGCUCUUAUGAGUUUCAAUCUCCACUCCGACAUUAAAAUCUCUUCUCCUCUUGCUUUAAGCGCUCUUCAAAACUCUUACCCUUCUUCCUCCGGUUCUUUCCGACCAGAACUUAUUGACUCUGUUAUCAAACCAAUGCUUGACUUCUUACGUGAAACUGGUUCAAGACUUAUGAUCAAUGUCUAUCCUUUCUUUGCUUAUGAAGGAAACUCUGACGUCAUUCCUUUAGAUUAUGCUUUGCUUAGAGAGAAUCCAGGAAUGGUUGAUUCUGGUAAUGGUUUGAGAUACUUUAAUCUCUUCGACGCUCAAAUCGACGCCGUUUUCGCAGCAAUGUCGGCUUUAAAGUACGAUGAUAUCGAAAUCAUUGUCACGGAAACUGGUUGGCCGUCGAAAGGAGAUGAGAAUGAAGUCGGAGCUACUCUAGCUAACGCAGCUUCUUACAACGGAAACUUAAUCCGUCGGAUCUUGACACGUGGAGGUACACCGUUACGUCCUAAAGCAGAUCUAACGGUCUAUCUUUUCGCUCUGUUCAACGAGAACAAGAAGUUAGGUCCAACGUCGGAGAGAAACUAUGGUCUCUUCUUCCCUGAUGAGAAGAAAGUCUACGACAUUCCUUUCACAACAGAGGGGUUGAAACAUUACCGUGACGGUGGUCAUACUCCGGUCACUGGAGGAGAUCAGGUUACAAAGCCUCCGAUGAGUGGAGGCGUGUCGAAGAGUUUGAAUGGUUAUACUUGGUGUGUAGCUAAUGGUGAUGCUGGUGAAGAAAGGUUACAAGGUGGUUUAGAUUAUGCUUGUGGUGAAGGUGGUGCUGAUUGUCGUCCUAUUCAACCUGGUGCUAACUGUUAUAGUCCUGAUACACUUGAGGCUCACGCUUCGUUUGCUUUCAAUAGUUAUUACCAGAAGAAGGGUCGUGCCGGUGGGAGUUGUUACUUCGGCGGCGCCGCUUACGUCGUUAGCCAACCACCGAAGUAUGGAAGAUGCGAGUUUCCGACAGGAUAUUAAGGAAGAAGAAGAUUUAAGUUUAGAUUAAUUUCUGCUAUAUAAUAUAUUCGUUUUUUGAUGUAUUUUGUUUGGUGGGAAGUUUUAGUUAAUUUUUGUAACAAUGACUUUUUAAUGUUGUGUUGUUAAUACCAACUUAGACGAUGUUAUUGAUAUUUGAUAUUUAGGUAAUGAAAUUAAAUAUGUUUGUUUCAUAUUCAGAUUGUCGUCAUAUUGAAUUCGGAAAUAAGUGUAUAGCUGGAUUCCAAUUCCGAAAAGAACAGAAGUAAAGUGUAUGACAGCUUUUACUUAUAAUUUGUUGAAGAUAUUUUUG